AUGAUUCAUAAAGUUAUAUGCAUUGUUCUUUUUGGAGCUUUGGCGGUGGCAAGUUUGCUGAAUUAUGGGGAAGCCCAAACGGUGCAUGCCGUCGGAGACACCAUUGGUUGGAUAGUACCUCCCGGCGGCGCCACAGUGUAUUCAAAGUGGGCUUCUGCCGAUACAUUCAAAGUUGGAGACAUCUUAGAGUUCAACUUUAUGACCGGCAGACACGACGUACUGGAAGUAGCAAAGGAGUCAUUCGACGCAUGCACCACCGACAAAGCCAUCGGAACUUCCUUAACGGACGGACCCGCACACGUCACCCUCAACUCCACCGGCAUCCACUACUACAUUUGCACCAUCGGAACCCACUGUAAGCUCGGACAAAAACUGGCCGUAACAGUUUCAAGCGACAGCGGUGGGCCUCCGGCCGGAGCUAAUCCUCCUCUUCCGGCUGGCGGGCCGUCACCGGCGAUGAAGCCUCCUGCUGGACCAUCCAAUUCGAGCUCUGCACCACCGGCCGGGUCUACCCAUUCUUCUGCAACUGUGGUGUAUGCUGGCUUGGCGCUAACCGUGGCUUCCAUUGCCAUGGCUGUUUGUAUCUAUAAUUAA